CAGUGACUUUUCGUUUUAUGGUGUCAUCUCAGCUUUAGAAAGUCAAGUAAUGUCUUUACAAGAACUUAAAUUAAAGGGUCGUUAUAUUCCUGAAUUUAUCGUUUUAAAUAAUUGUGAAACGUUAAAAACUCUCAGGAUCAGAGAUAAAGAUGCCCUACCUUUGGUAAAACAAUUGGCUGAUGGUCUUUGUAAAAUCUGCACUCUGGAUAUUGAAACUAAGACACUCAAUACUUCUGACAUAAUUCCUUUGUUACGAAAAGCUGGUCCACACUUAGAGUGUUUAUCCCUCUUACCAUCUAAUGAA